UUUCAAUGUAUUUGUAAUACGCGCCUAUUAAAGAGAGCAUCAAUUCAAGAUCGCGAUUUAGUUCUGUUUUGUACUCGACUGUUAGCAGUUGCUAAAAUCAAAAUGAGGCAAAUAAUAAUAAUUCAACUUUUCAUACUUGUAGUACAUGCAAAUUUCACAAACCUCGAGGUAAGAGUCAACAUUUAAAGUGAUAUAAAGUGAAUGCUAAAAGUGAAUAUUUUUUAUCAUUACUAGACUCUUCAAACGCUCCCGCAAGAGAUAGAAGAAAUACAACAAAGUGAUGAUAGAGACUCAAUCAUAAAAGACUUGCGAGAAAAGCAGGAAAUGAAUGAGGCAUUGAUAAAGCAAUUGCAAGCGCAGAUUAAUUUCCAAACUGAAAGCAGAUUAGCUGAAAAUGUAAAGUCGCAGUCACAAAUUGAUUUUCACAAGCAAACUAUUGAAAAAUUAAUUGAAAAUUACAAAUUUUUCGAAAAUUAUGAUAAAUGUAAAGGUGAAUUGGCCGAUAAAUCGAGUAAUUUAGAAAUUUGUCAAUUUCAAGUAAAUCAACUCAAUUCAAGUUGUGUUGAUAGCGAUGAAAAGAUUAUAGAAUAUACUGAGAAGCUGCAAAAUAUUUUAAAAUAUCAACAAGGAAAUGAGUUCAACCUAAAAAUGAGUGAAGUGAAGUUAGCACAAGCGGAAAGACAUCAAAAAUCAUGUGAAGCAGAACUUGAAGCACUAAAGGCGAAGUCGAACAAUAAUAUUCCCGCUAGUUGUAUUCCAUUUGCCGAGUAUUCUGGAGUUCAUCAAAUAAAGGUUUCUGGCAUGGAUGCCUUCGAUGUUUUGUGCGAUAGUCAGUUUGCCGGAUCUGGUUGGAUAGUUAUUCAACAGCGAGUCGGAGGAGAUGAGAAUUUCAACAGGGAUUGGAACUCAUACCGCGAUGGCUUCGGUUCUUUCGAAAGUGAUUUUUUCCUUGGCUUGGAGAAAAUUCACCUUCUGACGAAAUGGCGUCGCUACGAGCUCUUCAUACAUUUAGUUGAUCUAAAAGGCGGUGUAAGACAUGCUCGAUAUGAUGACUUUAAACUAUCUGAUGAGGAGCAUGGUUACGCCUUGCAGUUGGGUGGAUUCAGUGGAAAUGUUUGGGAAGCGUUGCGAAGCGGUGAUAAAAUGAAGUUCUCAACAUUCGAUCGCGACAACGAUGCUUCAACUCACAAUUGUGCAGAUCUCUACAAGAGUGGCUGGUGGUAUUCCAAAUGUUAUAAUAGUAACUUAAAUGCUUUAUAUGGACCCGAUCUGAAUUGGUUCAAGAGUCAGCCAAUUAAAGAGGCUAAGAUGCUUAUACGCCCCAAAGAUUAGACCAGCAAGUAAAGAUAAGUUCGAAACUGCAAUCUGAAAUUAGAUUUGAGAUUAUCAACAAAUAUCACAAUAGAUAAUUUUCAACAAACUU